CAACUUGCGCCUAUUACUUCGUUGCUGCAGCAUUAUCUUAGUGCUUGUGCAUUAGCUUCGACGCCUAUCGAAAGGAAUAUUCCGUGCCCAGGUGCAAUGGGAAAGGCUGGAGCUCUUGAGCUUGAUUCAACUUACUUUCACAGCUUCCGUCAUCGAUAGGUGUGCCGCGCAACAACUAUAACGUAUUUGGUGCAUGACCGUCCUUGCAUUAUCCGAAACCGCCAACGAUGGCCAAGACACUACGACUAGGAGCUAAGCUCCGUUAUCCUAUCACAAUAUCCGAAUUUCUAAAAAACCACGGCGAAGAUGUUACCAAACAACAACCAAUUCUACGAUACACCUUCAAGUACAAACGCCUCAUCGGCGAUCCAAGUAAAAACGAAGAACGCGAGAUUGAAGAAACAGGUGUGGCGGAUUGGGACAGUCCUGCCGAAGGCAAGAUCAAGCAAUGGCAGGUCAAAAUAGGUGACGUGAUUAGGCGAGAUCAAGACCUCGUUGCUAUCGAAGAAACCUGCGGCCACGAGAUACAAUAUGCCGGACUUUGCGCUAUAUGUGGCAAAGAUAUGAAAGAGGCGACUUAUGCCAGCGAGUCUCUCGACACCGAACGCGCCACAGUCGCUAUGGUACAUGAUAAUAUCGCUCUUACCGUCAGCACUAAUCAGGCUACACGCGCGGAGAUGCAACUUCAACGCCGAUUACUGAAGGAACGAAAACUGAGUCUCGUUGUCGAUUUGGAUCAAACCAUUAUUCAUGCCUGUAUUGAUCCUACCGUAGGCGAAUGGCAACGUGAUCCUUCUAACCCUAACUAUGAAGCCGUUAAGGACGUAUGCAGCUUUCAACUCGAUGAUGGUCCACGAGGAGCAACUAGUGGCUGUUGGUAUUAUAUCAAGAUGCGCCCUGGCCUAGCUGAAUUCCUAGAAAAGGUUUCCCAAUUAUUCGAAUUACACGUUUAUACGAUGGGUACGCGCGCGUAUGCCCUGAAUAUUGCCAAGAUCGUGGAUCCUACACAGAAGCUUUUUGGCAACCGUAUCAUUAGUCGAGACGAGAACGACAGCAUAGUAGCCAAGAGUCUACAACGACUAUUCCCCGUCAGCACCAAUAUGGUCGUGGUCAUUGAUGAUCGAGCAGACGUGUGGCCCCGAAACAGACCGAAUCUAAUCAAAGUCACACCCUACGAUUUCUUCACAGGUAUCGGUGAUAUCAACUCGAGUUUCUUACCUAAGCGUGAAGAUCUCGUACCUGCUCCGAUGCCACCUCCAGAGCCGAAGGCCGUCAAUGGCAACGCGGCGCCGCAACCAACCAGUGAUGCUGAUACUAGUUCUAACACGGAUCAAGCAAAACCAUUGGCAAACGGCAAUGACGAGAAUGCGUUACUCCAAUUACAGGCAGAGGAGCAGGAACGUACACUAGAAAAGCAGCUUAAGGAUCGGCCGUUGCUUCAUCUGCAAGAAGAAUUGGAUAGGGAAGAUGAAGAAGCAGAGAAGAAGUCGACCGAGAACGGUGACAGCCCGGAACCCUCUAUGAAUGGUGAAUCAGAAAGCCCUUCGCAUCAACGACACAAACUCCUACGCGACGACGAUCGAGAACUCAGAUACCUCGAGCAGCACCUUACUACCUUACACCACUCAUUCUACGCACAAUACGAUGCACGAUCUGCGCACCUCCACGCGAACGAUAUCGUACCUGACAUAAUCCCCGACGUAGGAUCAACGCUUAACUUCUUAAAAUCGCAAAUCUUGAGGGAUACGAGACUCGUCUUGUCAGGUCUUGUUCCGUUAGACAUUGACGUGCGUAGAACAGAGAUCGGAAUGCAGGCGGAAAGCUUUGGUGCGGAGAUUAGGACGCGCGUGAGUCGUGAGAUUACUCACUUAGUAAUUAACAUCGCCCGCCCGCGAACUCAGAAGGUUCGUCAGGCAGCGCGUAUUCCUAGCAUUAAGAUCGUAAACCAGAACUGGCUAGCAGAUUCGAUCGCGCAGUGGAAGAAGAUGGACGAGGAUCAGUAUCUUGUCCAAAUACACCCUGCCGAUCGAAAUGCCGAGACGCCACUAGAAGGUUCUGCCUCGCCGCCGCGACCGAAAAGAAUCACCAUCUAUACGUCUGGUCAACAAUUUUUCGAGGAUGAUCAGGACGAAGAGGAUGACGAUGGUGAUGCAGACGGCUCGGGAGAUGAGGAGGAAGAAGAUGAUGACGAUGAAGAUGACGAGUUAGAGGAUAGGUUUAAUGUGAUGCCACCCGAGCUUAUGGACGGUGAGCAUAGUCCUAUAGAGGAUCUCGGAGGAAUGGAAUGGGGCGAUGUCGAUAAGGAGCUCGAGGAAUUUAUGGGAUCGGAUAUCGACGACUCAGAUUUUGAAAGCACACAAGGCACGGACCACGGUACAGAUACGGAAACGGACGAGCCGAAAAGCCGAAAGCGCAAGCUGGGAGAGGAUGGUGACAAUGACGAUGACCUGGGAGAAUCAGCUACGGGAAGCGUCCUAGCUAAGAAGCAGCGCAUCGCAAAGGCGAGGACUACGGGUCUUCGCAAUGUAAGGAAUGCUACGGAUGAAGAGGACGCCGAAGGUAGCGGUCUCCCUACACCAUUAGGCACGGGUGACGAGGAUGCGAACGGGGUUGGGGAUGAUGAUGACGAUGAUUUUGCCGAUCUAGAAGCCGAGCUAGAGGCCGAAUUACGAGCCGAAGGCGAAGCAGGUUGAUCUCGUCGUCUACUACUUACCUUACCUACUACCUUCUAGGUGAAAUAUCUGGCCAAGGAAAAUUAUUGGAGGAAAAGAGAAGGAGAAUUGUUCUGUUGAGAAGUUGUCUGUAUUAUGAAUG